UUCUUUAGCUGUGAACACAGAGAAGACAGAGACGCUAAAAUGGCCAGAACCAAGCAGACCGCCCGUAAAUCCACCGGAGGAAAAGCUCCCAGGAAGCAGCUGGCCACCAAGGCUGCCCGUAAGAGCGCCCCGGCCACCGGCGGAGUGAAGAAGCCUCACCGUUACAGGCCCGGUACCGUGGCUCUGAGAGAGAUCCGUCGCUACCAGAAGUCCACCGAGCUGCUGAUCCGCAAGCUGCCCUUCCAGCGCCUGGUGAGGGAGAUCGCUCAGGACUUCAAGACCGACCUGCGCUUCCAGAGCUCCGCCGUCAUGGCUCUGCAGGAGGCCAGCGAGGCUUACCUGGUCGGCCUCUUCGAGGACACCAACCUGUGCGCCAUCCACGCCAAGAGGGUCACCAUCAUGCCCAAAGACAUCCAGCUGGCCCGCCGCAUCCGCGGAGAGAGGGCUUAAACUCACCCAGCACCAGACCACACUCCCCAAAAGGCUCUUUUAAGAGCCACACACAAACCCUUGAAGAGCAAACUGUCCUAUAUUUAUAUUCACUUUUAU